AUGGCGGCAGCCCUCCUGCUCCGCGGUCUCCGCUCGUCGGCGCGCCGGGCCCACGCCCACUCUCUCUCCCAUGCUUCGUCCCCAUCGGCGCUGGGGUCAUCCCUCCUGCGCCGGCUCUACUCCUCCGCGGCGGCGUCCACGGCUGCCUCGCCUGCUUUAACACCCAGCGGCGUCAUGGACCCGUCCCGCAUCCGAAACGUGGCGGUGAUAGCCCACGUCGACCACGGGAAGACUACGCUCAUGGACCGGCUCCUGCGGCAGUGCGGCGCCGAUAUCCCCCACGAGCGCGCCAUGGACUCCAUCAGCCUCGAGCGCGAACGCGGCAUCACCAUUGCCUCCAAGGUCACUUCUGUCUCUUGGAAGGAAACUGAACUCAACAUGGUUGAUACCCCUGGUCACGCUGAUUUUGGUGGUGAGGUUGAACGAGUUGUGGGAAUGGUGGAAGGAGCUGUAUUGGUUGUUGAUGCUGGAGAGGGACCCUUAGCACAAACUAAAUUUGUGCUUUCAAAGGCUUUGAAGUAUGGCUUGCGCCCAAUCCUCCUCCUCAACAAGGUUGAUAGGCCUUCAGUUUCUGAAGAAACCUGCAAUGAGGUAGAGAGCUUGGUUUUUGAUCUUUUUGCAAACCUUGGUGCUACAGAAGAACAGUUAGAUUUCCCAGUUCUUUAUGCAUCCGCUAAAGAAGGGUGGGCUUCCUUAACUUUCACCAAGAACCCUCCUGAUAAUGCAAAGAAUAUGUCUUCAUUGCUCGAUUCUAUUAUACAGCAUGUUCCUUCACCAAAAGCUGAUCUUGAGGCCCCAUUCCAAAUGUUGGUUUCCAUGAUGGAACGUGAUUUUUAUCUGGGACGAAUACUCACUGGGAGAGUAAGAUCUGGAGUUGUCCGUGUUGGUGACAAAGUGCAUGGUCUUCGCAGCACCGACGAUGGGGUUCAAAAGAUUGAAGACGGAAAGGUUAUCAAACUCAUGAAAAAGAAAGGCACAAGUAUGGUAACAGUAGAGGCUGCAGGGGCUGGCGAUAUAAUUUCAAUGGCUGGAUUGGCUUCUCCAGCAAUUGGACAUACUGUGGCAAAUUCAGAGGUAUUGACUGCUUUGCCUACAAUUGAGUUGGAUCCUCCCACAAUAUCUAUGACAUUUGGUGUGAAUGAUUCACCGUUGGCUGGUCGUGAUGGCACUCAUCUAACUGGAGCAAAAAUUGGUAGCCGCCUGAUGGCAGAGGCAGAAACAAACUUGGCAAUUAAUGUUCUCCCUGGACCAUUAUCGGAAUCAUAUGAAGUUCAAGGAAGAGGAGAGCUUCAGUUAGGAAUAUUAAUUGAAAACAUGCGGCGUGAGGGAUUUGAGCUUUCGGUUUCACCCCCAAAAGUGAUGUAUAAAACAGAACGUGGAGAAAGGUUGGAACCUAUUGAAGAAGUAACUGUUGAGGUGGAUGAAGAGCAUGUGGGAUUUGUCUUGGAAACCCUUACACACAGGAAAGGUGAAGUAGUUGACAUGGGUCCGGUUCCUGGGACAACUGGAAGAACACGGAUCUUCAUGACCUGUCCAUCUAGGGGUUUGGUGGGUGUUAAAGGAAUUUUCAGCAGCUUCACACGUGGAACUGGAUUUAUGCACCGUGCUUUUCAAGCGUAUGCUAAAUACAGAGGUCCUCUGGGCAGUGUCAGAAAAGGAGUUCUGAUAUCCGUUGGUAAGGGACUUAUCACUUCACAUGCGCUUAUGAGUUUAGAAGCUCGUGGGAUCCUCUUUGUAUCUCCUGGAAUGGAGGCAUAUGAAGGCAUGAUAGUUGGUGAGCACUCACGUGACAGUGAUCUUGAGGUGAAUCCUGUGAGAACUAAAGAACUUACAAACAUCCGAGCCCCUGGGAAGGAUGAAAAUGUCCGGCUGUCUCCACCUCGAUUGAUGACUUUGGAAGAGGCAAUUGGAUAUGUUGCUGCAGAUGAGCUUAUUGAGGUUACUCCCAAGGUCAUACGGCUUCGGAAGAAGUACUUGGAUUCUACUAAACGCAAGAUGAUGAAAAACAAGCCCAUGGUUUAAAAGCUCCAGUGACACCAAAUUACAUCAAGCCCUGCCAGUGCUACUGUUACUGAGUUGCCAUCCAAAAGCCAGAUCAUAUUUAUGUAUAGGUUGGUGUUCAAUGUUCAACUGUAACCAGAGUUCUUCACCAGAUCACAGAUUUUGCCGGCAGUUUCAUUCAGGUUUUACACAGUACACACAGGAUUCAGAUGAUGUUUCAUGUGGUUGGGUACUGACAAAUAAGCCCCGAGUUAGGAGCUACCAUAGUUAGGAUUCCCGCUGUAACGUGAUUAUAUCUAUUUAUAGUUUUUUGAUGGCGAAUUUUGAAACACCUGAAGACUCUGAAGGUAUAGUAUUCUUUGGAAGUUCAAGAAAUGAAAGGUAAAGAAGCAGGUCCAGGUAUUUUGUUUGAACCGGCUGCUUUGUUGACAAUUUUAUGAGCAUGUGUUAGUGAGGGAUGCAAGGAAACAAAUAAAUCUGUAACCUAUAACUUUGUUACGCCAGCAUUGACUAUACAGAUGAAAUUGCGACUUUGUUCCUUUUCA